ACGACGGAGAGCCAAACUAGCAAACUAGCAACAAAGGGGACGUAACUUUCAAAUAGGGCAAUGUGCCGUUGUAUGUCCAUGCAUGCAUGCAUGGAUGAUGGGGUGAGCGAAUUGUUCCAGAGCUCGACAUUCCGACGAAGGCCGCGCGGGCCGAGAACGCAGAGGCAGCAGGUGGCGCGCCAAAGGACGGGGUUGAGGAAGGUUGCACUUCCACGAGCCUGGGCUCCGAGGAGAUCCACCACCAAGAUCUGCAAUUGCACUGACCGGAGCCGACUCUGAUCAGCAAACCUUGUCCAGGUCGAGUCGCUGAAUCCGAGGAUAGGUCGGAGACGCCAAAGGCUUCAGUGUUAGCAAGGCUAGAGAUUUUAGAGGUUUAGCGUGUGGCGUCGAGAAGCCGACUUGCACCUCGAGUUUUUGCAUUUGCAUUUGUAGAAUGAGCUGGGCAAGCUGAGGUUUUUCUGCAAGUUCUGUGAACGGUCGGGACACCGUUGAGUGAUUGCAGACGGACGAGGGUAUUGUGAAGGUUUUAGGAAUGGUGCAUCGCGGGUUACCUGCAGUUUUCGGGAGCGAUGGUUUGGAGGGCAGUAAGAUUCAAGUGUGAGUUCGUGGCGGGAACAGAAGGGAGAAUGCUGAAUCGCUUUCCUGAGUAGCAAGAAGAGCAGCGAAUAUGGCGGCUUUUCUUUCCGAUGAUGAGUUGCAGCGAAGAGGUGGAGAUGAGGUAGUGGCUUAUGUCUACGAGCUGAGACAGCAGUUAGAGACUCACAAAGCACGAGCCGAUGCUGCUGUCAUCAAUGCCGAGCAGACGUGCGCCCUCAUCGAGCAGAAGUUUUUAUCCCUCACUGCUCAGUUCGCUCAGCUGGAGAAUGAAAAACAGCAAAGUGCCGCCACUCUGGAGCGUCGUUCAGGCGAGCUUGCUCAGGCACAGAGUCAGGCCCACAAACUUGAGCUGGAUGCCAUCAAGCAUGAGAGUGACAUGGAGCGAGUGUCCUUUGAGCUUAGUGAAGCACGAAAGUCUAGGAGGGAGCUUUUGGACGUGGUGGAGCAGAAGAACAUCGAGCUUGAUGAAAAAAAUUCUUCCAUCAAAUCAUAUCUUGAGAAAAUUGUUAUCUUGACAGAUGAGAGGAGUAUGUUCGAGGGAAAAGUUCGUGAGCAUGAGGCAGAAGUUGGAAGAUCUCAUGCUGUACAAGCUAGGCUCCAACAAGAGAAGGAGCUUUUGGAACAACACAAUGUUUGGCUCAAUGAGGAGUUGAAUGGCAAAGUAAAGGGACUUAUGGAGGAGCGUCGUACUAGUGCUGAUCUAGAGGCUGAUUUGCAGUCCAAGCUUUUACAAGCAGAGAGGCUUUACAAGGAAGCCAAAGAGUCAGUUCAGAGGAGCAAUGAGCGUAUCGGGGACCUCGAAGCGAAGCUCACACAAACGAGAGAGGAAUUACGAUAUACGAAGGAGCAAGCCAUUCUUCAAGAAAACCAUCUGUCAACCGAAAUUACUACAGCCACAAAACUUGCAGAUUUAUACAAGCAGAGCUCUGAUGAGUGGUCGAGGAAGUCCAACGAACUUGAGGGUGUUAUUAAAGCUCUUGAGACUCAUUUGAACCAGGUGGAAGCUGAAUAUCGGGAAAAACUCGACAAAGAAAUCCAAGCUCGUGAAGCGGCUGUUAAGGAUUCAUCUGAGUUGAAAGAGAAGCUGGAAAAAGCCCUUGCCGAUGGUAAUACAGAUGCCGUCAGGGAUGGGGAUCUCGCGCUUCCGGUCCCUCCUAUGAAAAUGAUGACAGAGUCAAUGGAUAAGCAGCUUGCCUUGGAGCUCCAUGGGGAUGGAGCCAUGCUUCCUUCAAUUGGAAAGAAGGUUUCGGGAACAGCUCUUGCUGCAGCUCUUCUACGAGAUGGCUGGAGUCUAUCAACAAUGUACACGAAAUAUCAAGAAGCGGUGGAUGCAUGGCGGCACGAGAGACACGAACGAAAGCACUCUCAGGCGCUUCUAGAACGGGUUUUGCACGAAAUAGAAUUGAAGGCUGAAGUUAUCUUCGAUGAGAGAGCUGAGCACGAGAGGAUGGUCGAAGCUUAUCAUGUGAUGGAGGAGAAGCUUCAUUACUCCAUGGCAGAUCAAAGCACGCUCGAGAACUCUAUUAAAGACUUGAAGGCAGAUCUUAGGAAGAAGGAACGAGAAGUAAAGGGAGCUCAGAAGGAGAUAUCAGACCUUCAAACUCAGGUUGCAGGUCUACUCAAAGAGUGUGCAGAAGUCAAGCAAAGGUUUGAAGCUGGAGACUGGCAUCCAAAUGGAGACGCUCUUCCAUAUUAUGCUACCUCUGAGCCCGAUAGUUCUGCCGCUGAUAUAGUGAUCUCAGAGAAGCUGGUGACCUUUAAAGACAUACGAGGAAUGGUGGAACAGAACAGUCAAUUGCGUGUGCUUGUCAGAAGUCUUGCCGAAGAAAGUGAACAGAAGGAGGCAGAACUGAAGGAGUAUUUUUCUGCUGAACUGAAAAGACGAGCAGAUGAUGCCGCCCGUAAAGUGGCCGAAACGUUGAAAAAGUACAAGGAGAAGACUGAGGUUAUAGAGACACUCCAAGCAACUGUGGGCAUGUAUAAAAGACUGUACGAAGAGGAGCUUAGGUCACGAUACACUUCCCCGGCGCAAAUUACUUCCACGGCAAUGACUUUAAUAGCUCCAGAAGGGGAUGGACGAGAUUACGGUCGACUUCUACAUACUUCUCAGGAGGAGAUUCGCAGAGCACGUGAAGAAUCUGAUACCCGUAUCAAAACUCUUGAGGAUGAGCUGAAUAAGGCGAAGCUAGAGCUGACCAAUGCCCGAGUUGAGCGAGCCAGAGUGGAUGCCGAAGCUGGACUUGCAAGAGAGCAGAUGACGUCCCUAACGAGAGAGGCCGAAAAUCGGCGAAGAGAGAUGGACGGGGUUUUGAGCAGAAAUAUGGAGUUUUCGCAAACAAUCACUAACUAUCAACAGCGAUUGAGAGAGAGCUCUCAGAAGAUGCAAGCUGCCGAGGAGCUUGUUCACAAACUCAAAAUCGAGGCCGCCGUUCUGGAAAGGGAGAAAGAACUGCUGGCUUCUGCAGAGAAGAGGGCAUCUGAGGAGGUUGCCAGUUUAUCUGAUCGGGUUCAUAGAUUGCAGGCCUCCCUGGACACAUACCAGAGCGUGGAAGAAGCACGAGAGAGUGUGCGGGCCGCGGAGAUGAAGAAACUUCAGGAUGAUUGGAGUCACAUGCAAAAAGAGUGGGCUGAGGGUAAAAGAGAGCUGGAAGUGGAGCGCAGUCACUCUAGAGACUUAAUAGUUUCACGAGACAAGGCUGUCAAGGAUGCGACGGACCGAAUAGAGGCUUCAGGGAAGGAGUUGGCUGAUGCUAUCAAGGCAAUGUCAGCUGCCGAGACCAGGGCUCAGGUUGCGGAAGUUCGAUGUACUGAACUUGAGGCGAGCUUAAAGAGUGCGAACGACAAGAUUGCGAUGGCUCUGUCUGGAGGUAAACGAUCGGACACUGGAGAUAAAUCGUCUGAAGAGAUUGACGCGGAGAUCCUUGCAAAUCUUCAAGAAGCAAGAAUGGAAGUGGAGCAACUCAAGGAGGAUCUCGUAGCUUCCAAGGGCCAUAUUGAACAGUACAAGAGAAUUGCAGAAGCUAAUGAGGAGGCUCUCAAGCAGCUGGAAGCAGCCCAUAACCGUUAUAAAGCCGAUGUGGAGCACAUGAAAGAGAUAAUGGAAGCCGACGUCAAUAAACUUAGAGGGAAGAUUUCUACCUUGGAGGCAGAAUUGACUGAGAAAGAUGGAGUCAAUGCUGCAAUGGCCGAAGAAAAAGAAGCUUCUUUACGAGAUACCCGUCGUGAGAUAUCUACCAUUCAGGAGUCCCUUUCAUCGACUCAGGCGGCAUUGCAAGAAGCUAAUGAGAGAGUCAAAACACUGAAGCAGGAAGUGGACAAGUAUCAUCAUCAAUAUCGUGAUGCCCAACGCAAUUACGAAAGACAGGUUCUUCUGCAAGCAGAUACCAUAAGAGAGAUGACACAAGCAGAAGAGAGAGUGAAACAUCUGGAGGAGUCUGAGGGACUACUGCGGAAGCAAGCUGAAACCGCAGAAACUCAACUAGUUUCCGCACAAGUUGCCUGGGCUGUGGAAAAAUCAUAUCUUGAGGCUGCCAAGGUCGAGACCGAGAAGAAGUGGAAAGAACUUGAGGAGCAGAAUCGAUUGCUAUUAGAUCGAUUAGAAGCUAUGCAUAUCACAUCAGCGGAACACUCUCGCAAAGAGUUUGGAGAGGCAGGAGAUUCACAAAGUGCUGUGGACAAAGAUGAAAGUGAUCUGCAAAAUGUAAUCCGGUAUCUGCGUCGGUCUAAAGAAACGGCUGAAACAGAAGUUUCACUACUAAAGCAAGAACGCCUUCGAUUGCAAAGACAGUUAGAUGCAGCCCUUCGUUCCGCAGAAGACGCCCUGUCUACUUUGCGGCGGGAGCAGGAGACUGCGCGUACAAGUCUUUACUCUGACGAGGAGUUUAGAUCGUUGCAGGCUCAGGUCAGAGAGCUCAAUCUGUUGCGAGAGAGUAACUCUCAACUAAGGGAAGAGAACCGCAGGAACUUCGAGGACUCUAGGGAAUCUCGAGAGAAGGCCAGACUUGCAUACAUAGAACUGGAACCACUACAAAAGAGAUUGAAGGAGAAGGAGGUUGAGUUGGAAUCUUCUGCGAAGGAGCUUGAAAUGCAGAGGGCCGAAACCCAACGUUGGCAGAAUAGAGUCACUCAGCUGUUGGAGAAGUACAAGACAAUUGAUGUGGAUGACUAUCAACGUGUCAAGAGUGAACGUGAAGAGUUGCAGGUGUCCGUCGCUGCUCUUAAGUCGGGAGUUGAAGCAGCAAAGGGGGAGUUGGAAGUCUCUCAGAAAGAAUCUGAGGCGACACGAAUCAAAUGCGAGAAGAUGCAGAGUGAUAUCACCGAGAAGGAUAACAAAAUAACCGAGUUGGAGAAGAACGUGGAGGCCCUCAAAGUAGAGCUGGACAGAUUCAGAAGACAUGCUACCUUCCAAAAGCGAAGGAUUGAUAACCUCACGAAAGAGAAGGACGAACUUAGCAAAGAAAACGAAAAUUUGUCGAAGCAAACUGAAGAGCUGAAGGCUAAUGCAGGGAAAAGGAUUUCCAUGGAAUCAAGACAAGAAGUAGCACGGCAAGAGGCGGCAUUGAGACAAGAGGCUACUGCUCGCCAGGAGCAAGCUCAGAGGGAAUCAGAAAAUGUUCUCAAAGAGAAGGAAGCUGUCUUGAAGGAGAGGGAUGCCAGAAUACAGACGUUGGAGAAGAUACUAGAAAGAGAAAGGGAGUCAUUACGCAAAGAGAAGGCAUUGCGUCAACGGGACCAAAGAACUUUUAUGGACCUGACUCAGAAAGCAGCCUCAGAGAAGAAGAGGAUAGAGAGUGAAUUGGAGGCCCUAAAACGUGUUCAGCAAGUUGAGCCACAAGUUAUCAGUGCGGGCACGUCUGAUCCUCCUCCUCGAACAGACAUUGAGGAAAGAGUCGUAAGCGUGGAAGCUGUUAUGAAUGCCGUGUCGGAACCUCCUGUCAGUGUUCAAGAGGUGACUGCGCAACCUACUGCAAAUGCUCCUUCUGCUUCAUCAUCACUGGUGGCUCAAGCCACGGGUGUGAGCUCCACUGAAAGUAUACCCCAUUCUGCACCCAUGGAGACCAGUACUGUGGCCACAGAGGUAACUUCCAGUACCGCCUCGGCCUUUGGAGCAGUCGUAGCUGCAAUAAGUGGAAUCUCGACAGGGACGAAUGCCAGCGGAGCUCGUCAGGCCAUUAGAACAAAUUUGGCAAAUAUUCCUCCCGCAUCAACCAGGCAACCUUUUAGACCACCGCCUGCGCAAGUACCUGUAUCUGAUCUGAGGGAGAAAGAGAUGGCUCAGUUGCGUCGAGAGAUUGAGGAAAGGGAGAGGAAUGCGGCAAAUAUUGGAUCUCAGGCCAGAAAGUCAGCCCGCAGGUUGAUCCGUCCUAGAAUUGAGCCCGCUGGUCAGCAGGAAAAUGUACUGGAAACUGGUGAAUUAGCUGGGGAUGGUACGGUUGACUUGCCAGAAGCUGAUAUCGAGUUCGUAGAGCAGGGUAAAUCGUCUGGCAGUGGAGGUGAUGCUGCUGAACCCGAACCUACUUUCGGAACAGGUCCACUUGUGGUUGAGGUUCUGACUCCUGUUACGGAGUCUCCCUUGCCUUUGUCUGUACCUGUGAAUGCCAGUUUACCUUCAGUGUCUGCGCCUGCUCGUAAGCGUCCCGCAACGGCUCCUACCGGAAUUCUUACUGAAGAGAUUCCUAUAGAUCAAGAGGCUAAGAGCGAAACCGCACCCCCUCAGAAGAGAGCACGACCAGUCGAGAGUUUACCUGAAGUUGUUACUGAAGAGGCUAGUGCUUCUGCCAGUACUUCUGUUGCUGGUUCGAAGGUGCAGGGUGACAGUGGUCAAGAGACCCAGGAAGCUCUUCCUGAAAUGAGCGGUGUCCUGGCAGCAACCGAGGAUCUCAUGACAGCCGUGAUGUCCUUAGGACCCGAGAGCGAUAGGGAGCGGCCUCUUGCUGAAUCAUCUGAUGUUCAACCUCAGAAAAGACCACGUUUCAUCAGACCCGAGGCUGUCUUGCUUCCAGUGCAGCCUGUUGUUAGAGAGGAAGAGAUGGCCGAGGGUGAGAAGAGUGAUGUGGCGAAGGUAGUCGAUCUUGGUGAUGUGACUCGAGAGGUGGACGUGGCUGUUGAAACGAAAGGAACAGCAGAAGUUAGUGCGGUGGACCUCGGAACGACCGAGCAGGAACCCACAGAAGUCUCAGUUCAAGUUGAUCAAAGCCAAGAGCAUGAAAGUCAAGGAAAGUCGAGCACGCAGUCUGUUGUCAGCAGCUUAGUAGAGGCUUCACAGAGUGCUGGUGAGGGACAGUUGUCUCAGAGUGGACUUGAUAUCGAUAUGAACGAGCCGAUAUUUGAAGAGGAUGUCAAUAUACCUGCCACCUUUGACGUGAGUGGAGCCGAAAUCGGUGAAACAGUCGAAGGCGAUGUUGCUGGUGGUGACGUUGCUGUUCAGCGAGUCACUUCAACUUUCUCUGAGUCUAUUGUAACGGAAGAAAUCGAAGAUGUAACUGAGAUGGAAGAAGGGGAGAUGGCAAUGGAGGUCACAGUUACUGAGACGAGCUUUAGAUCUGAAACUAUUUUGGAGGAGGUAUCUGAGACAAGGGUUCAGGAUAGGCCGACCACGGAGAGGGAAGACGUAGUUGUGCGAGAGACAACACCUGCUGCUCUCAGCGAACAAAAUGCAGGCUCCUCACAAACACCUGUUGAGGCGAGAGAUAGUACUAGUGUUCUUGCGUCCCAAUCAAGCAGUGAGGCACUAGCCGGAACAUUAGGCAGUGAGGCACUCGCUGGAACAGUAGAGGUUGCAGGUGACGUUGUUGGUUUAGGAGAAACGAGUGCUCACGAGCAGAAAGGUCCUCAAGAACACCCACUCGAAGGUCAUUCAAUGUUGACUAGGUUGGCAGCAGUCAAAAGUACAACCAUACAUCUGGCGGAAAGAGCUAAAGAGAGAGCUGUUCUUCGACGAGGCCUUAAUCCCCCGUCGCCAGCAGCUAGAGGCAGGGGACGAACGACAAGAGGCGGGAAGAGAGCUCCUAGCGGCGGAAGAGGAGGUGGGCGAGUAAUAUCGACUGGUGUUCGAGGGCGUGGGCAAGCUGGUGGUAGUCCAGGUCCGGGUUCUGAUGCUACAAGAUCUGGAAACCAAGCUGGAGCUGGUGCAGCUGGCCAGUCGGAUCCUUCGCAGACGAGCUCACCGUCGAAUAAUCCGUACGACGGCACCCCACGGGAUGGGGACGACUAAUCUCCUUAAGACGUCACUAAAACAACACACAAUUUUGAAAGGUGAUCAUUCUAAAUUAUUUUUGAGUAGGUUCGGAGGGUGAGGGAGUUGGGUACGUUGCAAGAAAUUAAGUACAACUUACGAGAUUUUACAAGUUUCAUUAGUUCCCGAGGUCCAGAGGCACGUACACGCAGGUGGUCGGUCGAGUAUGUUUUGAAAAGACAUGUCUAGAGGAGGUCGAGUCUGACACAAAUUUAAGCUUGUGGUUCAUUCUACAUUUCUUCCGAUAAUUUUUUGGUUGCAGCGCUGAAUUUCUUAUGUUCCUGUGCAGUUAGCUGAACAAACCUACUAUGUAAUAACGAGAGCGACUUUCUUGUUACGGUUGACGUGUUGGAAUGGUAGAUGGUCGUUUGUAGUUUAUAUCGGUAAAGUAGCCUCUUGUUUGUGAAGCAGGAAGCCAUGACAAUCUUCAGUAUCAGAAGAGUGUCAUACAUUCACAUGUCUUACCACAUGAUCAUGUGCAUAAUCUCAUCGGUGGUGGAUGUUUCUAAGGUGUAUAUUUAUUCUUUUAUGGGCAACUAUGAAUGAGAUAGCAAGCACAGAAACCAACGUUAAGUUCACAAGUUUAUCAUAUGGUGGCCGUCAGAAUACUCGUUAUAUCUUCGAUUCCUUGUAGUGCUCAUCUUACACUGCUCAGGCUUGUUAUACAUAACGCAUUGUAAGAUGUACUGAUAGUUGUUGAGAACAGGUUUGUAUAUUAACAAAGGAAGGAAUAUCGUGAUCAAUUCCCCUAUGGUCACAUACUGCAGAAGAAGAUGAUUUUGACCUUUAAAAGCUUGGGUUUUCUUAAUGGCGAUAAAUGUGAACGUAAGUGGUUCCAUCAAUUAUGCAUUGUCUGUUAAACAAUCUCUGAAGUGG